AUGCGGUCCUCAUUCGCCCUAUUCUAUCUUGCCACUACCACCACCGCAAGCCCCAUCAUCCGGCUGUCCUAUGGCUCUUUCCGUGGCUCAUUUGAAGGCAAUCUGUCGACUUACCUUGCUAUCCCGUUCGCUGCACCUGCAGUCAGAUUCACCCUACCUUCCGCCCCUAAAGCAUUCCCCGGCGUGAAAAACGCGACUUCGCCGGGCCCUGCGUGCCCCCAGCAGGCACUGACCCCCGGACCAGGCGGAGACUUGCCCAAAUCGUACAACACUACCUCGGAAGAUUGCCUCACAUUGAGCGUUUUUGCUCCCCGCAAUGUUACCACACAGGCAAAGCUUCCUGUAUUCGUUUGGAUCUAUGGAGGCGGCUUCGAGAUCGGCAACUCCGCUGACCAGGAUGUCCGCCCAACCGUGGAGCGCUCCAUCCUUCGGAACCAACCCAUCAUCGUUGUUACGCCUAACUACCGUGUCACUGCUUUCGGUUUCCUGGGCGGGAAAGAAGUCCAGCAGGCCGGCAUCAGUAACCUCGGCUUGCGCGACCAAAUAUUUGCUCUCAAAUGGGUUCAAGAACACAUUGCCGCGUUUGGAGGAGACCCGCGCCAGGUCGUCAUCGGCGGCCCCAGUGCAGGCGCCGUUUCGGUUGCGCUUCUUUUCCUCAACAACCGGCAGUUUUCACCAUCCCAGCUGUUCCGUGGCGGCUUCAUGCUGUCUGGAUCUCCGAUCACGACGUUCCGCACCUCCGACGGCCAAAAAGAGUACGACAACCUCGUUUCGGAAAGUAACUGCACCCAUGCACACAACACGCUUGACUGUCUGCGAAACGUCCCCGUUGACGCCCUCACCACGGUGAUUAAUCGGACACCAGACAUCCUGGGGUAUCAGAGCCUCCAAAUCGUAUGGCGCCCGACUAUCGAUGGGGAUGUCAUUGUCGAGGACCCGCUCAUCUCUGUGGCAAAGGGGAAUUACGCAAGGCUCCCAUUUAUCACAGGCGAUGCGGACGAUGAGGGGACUAUCUUUUCGUUUGGCAAUUCUAAUAUAACGACAAAUGCAGAGUUCAUUGAGUACAUUCAUUCGAAUUAUCUCCCAAAGGCAACCAGCGCACAAAUUGCACAACUCGGUGAGCUUUAUCCAGAAGACCCAUCGCAGGGCUCGCCAUUUGACACGGGAAAUGCCUCCCAGUUGACGCCAGAAUUCAAGCGUCUCGCCGCCUUCCAGGGCGACUAUUUCUUCAUUGGCGCCCGCCGCUUCUUCCUGCAGCACGCUUCGCGCACGCAGCAAACAUGGAGCUAUUUGAGCAAGCGCGGAAAGAACACAACCUUCCUCGGCGCAUCCCACGGUAGCGACGUAUUGCUGUGGCUCCCUACCACCAACACGACCGAUUUCGUUUUGAGUGACGCGCUGAUCAAUUUUAUCAACACAUUGAACCCGAACUGCCCUGCUGCCAGCGCGGACAUUCCUGCCCCCGGCCGCGGACAGUGGUGGCCGACAUGGACCAAUGGGGCGCCCGUGCUACUCACACUGAGCGACCCUGACGCAGUGACUAUCACGACGGAAGACUUCCGCGAGGAGCCGAUUCAGUAUUUGUACAAUGUGUUGUUCGAAGAGGGCCGAAAGAGUAUGAGGGAUACCAACAGACUGUGUAUUCCUGACAUCCUGCAAGGCUGUAAUUAA